AAGGCCAUUCACGUCAAUGCUCUCGUCCCAUUGUCCAGUUGUAACAUCAGGAACUUUCCUUGUGUUCAUCACUUCAGCUGAUAGCCUACGUCAUACAUCCGCUGAGUCCUGGAUAUCGGUCCAUUUUAAAUCAGAGUGUUGUAGUCAAAAAUAACAAUUGAAGUGUAUUUCAUUCUUAUGCAAUGGAGCGUUUAACGUCUUUUGGGUAGCACAGUGCAGCACAGAUAAUCCUCUUAAUUCACCGCUAAGACUGGAAACGAAUCGCCGGUGCCAAGUGCUGUUUCACCAAACUGCGACACCGAGUGCACGCCAAUAUAUUGUGGAAAUACAAGGGGGCAUUCCUACGCAGUCUUCGGAGCAGAAAUAACAACUCUGUUUUGAUUUAAGAUACGACUACGAGCGUCAUGCUACGUCUGCCCAUCGUGAAGCGCGCGCUGUCUGGUGUGGCACAGGCCAGUGCCAACAAUGUUCGCACAGCUGCUACAGCCACUGCCACUUCCAGUAACCUCAUCGAGGUUUUUAUUGAUGGAAAACCUGUUAUGGUUGAACCAGGAACAACAGUAUUGCAGGCUUGUGAAAAAGUUGGGAUGCAGAUACCUCGUUUCUGCUAUCAUGAGCGUCUGUCUGUUGCUGGGAACUGUCGAAUGUGCCUGGUGGAAAUUGAGAAUUCCCCUAAACCAGUAGCUGCAUGCGCCAUGCCUGUCAUGAAGGGUUGGAAUGUUCUGACCGACUCAGAGAAAACAAGGAAAGCUAGAGAGGGUGUGAUGGAAUUUCUGCUAGCCAACCACCCUCUGGACUGCCCCAUAUGUGAUCAAGGUGGAGAGUGUGAUCUGCAGGAUCAAUCCAUGAUGUUUGGUAGUGACAGAACCCGCUUCACAGAGGGAAAGCGAGCUGUUGAGGAUAAGAACAUCGGUCCACUUAUCAAGACCAUCAUGACACGUUGUAUUCAAUGCACCAGAUGUGUGAGGUUUGCUAGUGAAAUAGCAGGUGUAGAAGACCUGGGCACUACAGGAAGAGGCAAUGCAAUGGAGAUUGGAACUUAUGUGGAGAAAAUGUUCAUGUCUGAGCUCUCUGGCAACGUCAUUGACAUUUGCCCAGUAGGAGCACUGACCUCCAAACCAUAUGCCUUCACAUCUCGCCCCUGGGAAACAAGGAAAACGGAAUCCAUUGAUGUAUUAGACGCGGUUGGCAGCAACAUUGUUCUGAGCACAAGGGGAGGAGAGAUCAUGAGAGUCCUACCUCGAAUUCAUGAGGACAUCAAUGAGGAGUGGAUCUCUGAUAAGACCAGGUUUGCAUACGAUGGGCUAAAAAGGCAGAGACUUACACAGCCCAUGGUGAAGGAUGCAUCUGGACAGCUUGUGACCACAUCAUGGGAGGAUGCUUUGACCCAAGUGGCAGGAAUUCUACAAGGAUGUAAAGGCAAUACAGUUGCUGGUGUGGCUGGUGGGAUGGUGGAUGCCGAGGCCCUGAUCACUCUAAAGGACCUCCUCAAUCGUCUCAACAGUGAGAAUCUGUGCACUGAGGAAAUCUUCCCCAUGGCUGGGGCAGGAACAGAUCUGCGUUCAAACUACUUGUUGAACACCAGCAUCAGUGGGAUUGAAGAGGCUGAUCUGAUGCUUUUGGUUGGCACCAACCCACGAUAUGAAGCGCCACUCUUCAACGCUCGCAUCAGAAAGAGUUGGCUUCACAAUGAACUUCAGGUUGCACUAGUGGGGCGAGAAGUGGACCUGAGCUACACAUACAACCAUCUUGGAGAAUCCACUAAGGUGCUGCAAGAUAUAGCCUCUGGGAAACACCCCUUCAGUAAGGUUCUAGCCCAAGCAAAGCGCCCAGUCGUGGUGGUUGGCAGUGCUGCUCUGCAGAGAGAAGAUGGUGCGGCUCUACACGCAGCUGUGUCCACUAUUGCUCAGAAUGCUCGUGUUAGCAGUGGUGUUGAGGAGAACUGGAAAGUGUUGAAUGUACUUCACAGAGUGGCUAGUCAAGUGGCUGCAUUGGAUCUGGGGUAUAAACCAGGAGUAGAGGCUAUAAGGCAGAAUCCACCAAAAGUUUUAUUUCUUCUUGGGGCUGAUGCUGGCUGUAUAACAAGACAGGACUUGCCAAAGGACUGUUUUAUCAUCUAUCAGGGGCAUCAUGGUGAUGUAGGAGCAAUUAUGGCAGAUGUGAUACUACCUGGGGCGGCAUACACUGAAAAGUGUGGCACCUAUGUCAACACUGAAGGUCGAGCACAGCAGACUCAUGUGGCAGUGACAGCUCCUGGCAUGGCAAGGGAGGACUGGAGAAUUAUUCGGGCCAUCUCAGAGCUGGCAGGUGUGACCCUGCCCUAUGACACAUUAGAUGAGGCGCGCAACAGGCUAGCUGAAGUGUCACCAAACCUGGUUCGAUAUGAUGAUGUGCAAGAAGCAAACUAUUUCAAACAAGCCAAUGAACUUUCAAAGACCAUAAAUCAAACCCUGCUCUCAGACCCCUUGGUUCCUCCAUUGCUCACAGUGAAGGAUUUUUACAUGACAGAUUCCAUCAGCAGAGCUUCUCAAACAAUGGCUAAAUGUGUGAAGGCGGUGGUAGAGGGAGCAGAAGCAGUGGACGAACCCAAUGUUAUAUGUUAAUGUGUUCUCUGCAUUUUAUUUGAAUCCCUCAGGACAGCAAAAUGUCUUAUGCUCACAACACACAAUACAGAGUUAAAUAGAAAUGUUUUAGCCAACAAGUCAAGUCAAGUCAACCUGCAAAUUACUCCAGAUGCAUUUCCUAAACUGAUCGUGUAUGGUCAGAUAUAUUUGUUUUGCAGUGCAAAAAUGUAAAAAGUAAACUCAAUAUCUAUUAAAUAGUUU